CAACAUACUCAGCAACACCAAAGUUUUUUUUUUCCCAUUUUGGCAAAGAACUCGUUUGCCUGUUAGCAUAGUGAUCCAAUGGGGCUUCAGUCCCUUUGUGACAGAGUCCUUAUUGGAUUCUAUGUUUCUUUAAUAUUACUGUUUGCUGUGAGCUUUUGCUAUGCUGAUGAUAAGACUAUCCAGGUUGUUGGAAUUGGAGAAUGUGCCGAUUGCAAAGAGAGUAACAUAAAGACCAUUCAUGCCUUUUCAGGGCUUCGUGUAACUAUUGAUUGCAAGGCUGGAAAUGGAAAAUUCAAAACAAGGGGUGAAGGACAACUUGACAAAGACGGAAAGUUCGUGGUCUCACUUCCUAAAGAGAUGGUGAAAGAUGGAAAAUUGAAGGAAGACUGCUAUGCACAACUCCAUAGUGCAUCUGCUGCACCAUGUCCAGCACACAAUGGCAUAGAAGCCUCCAAGAUUGUGUUCACCAAAUCUGGAAAUAAUGAUGAAAACCACACAUUAAAACCAGCUGGAAAUCUAAAAUUUUCAACAGCCUUGUGCACCUCUAAGUUCUUCUUCUUUCACCACUUCAAGCAUCCACUAUUCCCUCCCAUUGACAAAAAGCCACUUCCACCAAUUCCUAUUUACAAGCCAAAGCCACCAGUAUUCAAGAUACCUCCAAUUCCAAUUUACAAGCCAAUACCAAAGCCACCUCUACCUCCAAUUCCAAUCUACAAGCCAAUCCCACCAUUCUUGAAAAAACCAUGGCCACCCCUUUUCCCUAAAGUCCCUAUUAUGCAACCCAAGCUUCCUCCAUUUGACUUUCACCACCCAUUGUUCCCACCUUCUAUUGCUCAUCCAUAGGAGGGCUUUAAAAGAAUUCUUCUGAAAUAGGGGGAUUCAGGAUUUCGAAGUAGUUGGUUCGCCUCUUAAUGUAUGAAUGUACUUUAAAGUCGUUCAAUAAAACUUCUAUUUACAUA